GCACGUGACCCGCCGGCCGGUGAAUGGGCUGAGCAAAGACCAUGGGGCUGUGAGGGAAGUUAUGUUGCCCCCCCCCAUCCCCCACCGUGAAGAUAUACCCAGUAACGCUUUUAGUCACAAUUCCAUUUUUCUGGCCUGGGCCUCCCCCAUUGUCAGAGUUAGGCCCAGCGCAAAUUGGAGGAACAGCACCUCAUAUUUCGCUUGGGCAGCUUACACCUCAGCGAUUGUCAGUCUGAAGAAGCAUUUAUCUAUCUGUACUGUGCCUACAGUACCUGUAGACCUUUGGACUUCAACAAGACUUUAUAUCUUGUGUUAAAUGCUAUAUCCUUUAUCUAUGGAGCUUGGAGUGCAAAGGAACCCACUAUCUUUGCCAUGCCCUCAUCUUGCUGCUACCGUUGGGCAGGAGGUACAGAAGCCUCAGCAUCAGCACCAGAAUGUCUGAAGAAGGGUCCAGACCUGAAACAUCACCUAUCCAUGUUUUCCAGCGAUACUGCAUGAACUGAGAAAAAAAGCAAAGAAUGGAAAAAAAAGAAAAAGAAAGGAAAGAAAAGACCCCUAAACUACCAAAGAAGCGCGAGCAGAAAGAAGAGAAAUAAGAAAAAGGAAGAUGGAAAUAUACCCUACAAUCCUUCCGCCUCAACAACUCACUUGAACUUGAACUUGAACAGCAGGUUUAUGAAGUGCUGAACUCUGGCCUUUUGUCGAGUGCUUUUGCAAAGGGUACAUUGUGCCUUUAAAUGGGAGGUGUCUGGGUUUGAUUGACAGCGAGCGGGGCCCGAAUUCCCGGGACUUUCCACAACUGUCAUUCACAGGCGGCCAGCGAGCGCAGCUCUGGUAGCUUUUGCAGCGGAGAUUCAGAGCAAGAUGAACAAGGGCGAAAGCAGCAAGAGACGGAGAUCCUCCAGCCCUGACAGAGGCAGCCCCAAGCGGGGAGUUUUGCAGUCCAGUAAAUCGAAUUACCAGGAAUGGGACGUAGAAGAUGUUUGCCGCUUCCUGCGGAUGCACGGCUUGGGAAACAUCCUGGGAGACCGAUUAAAACUGAUCAAGUGCAUUAAUACGCUCCGGCAGAACCCUAUUGACGCAAAGGUGUUCAACGAUCCGAUUCACGGCCACAUUGAGAUGCACCCAUUGCUCGUCCGCAUCAUUGACACCCCGCAGUUCCAGAGGCUCCGCUUCAUUAAGCAGCUCGGAGGGGUCUACUUUGUCUACCCUGGGGCUUCCCACAACCGCUUUGAGCACUCCAUCGGUGUGGCACACCUGGCAGGACAGCUGGUCAAAGCACUCUGUGGUCGGCAACCAGAACUUCAGAUUAACCAUCGAGACAUCCUGUGUGUUCAGAUCGCCGGACUCUGCCACGAUCUAGGUCAUGGGCCUUUCUCACACCUGUUUGAUGGAAAAUUUAUUCCUCAGAGGAGGAAAGGUAAUUGGAAGCAUGAAGAUGCUUCGUUGGCCAUGUUUGACCACUUGAUCAACACCAACGGGCUGGAAGUUGUGCUAUUGAGCUAUGGCUUGGUGUUACCAGAAGACGUGGAGUUUAUAAAAGAACAGAUCCAAGGCCGACCAACAAAAGGAAAUGCAGCUGGUGACGGUUCUGAAGCGUGGCCAUACAAGGGCCGUACUCAGGAGAAAGGCUUUCUGUAUGAAAUCGUUGCCAAUAAGAGAAGCGGGAUUGAUGUCGAUAAGUGGGAUUACUUUGCCAGGGACUGUCACCACCUGGGGAUCCGGAACAACUUUGACUUUGAACGCUUCCUUAAGUUCGCUCGAGUUUGUGAAGUCGGCGACAUGAAGCGCAUUUGCACUCGAGAUAAGGAGGUUGGUGACCUGUACAACAUGUUUCACACACGCAACACGCUACACCGCAGGGCCUAUCAACACCGAGUGGUUAACAUUAUUGAGAGCAUGAUCACUGAAGCCCUGGUGCUGGCAGAUCCACACAUCCAGAUCGUUGGAAAAAAUAAAGAAAAGUACACCAUCUCCGAGUCGAUCGAAGACAUGGAGGCCUACACCAAGCUCACAGACAAUAUCUUUGAACAGAUUCUGAAUUCUUCCAAGCCUGAGCUACAAAAAGCACGAGAGAUUUUGAAUAACAUCAUUUGCCGCAAGUUGUACAAAUGGAUCGGGGAGACGCAGCCUGCACCAGGGACGAAAAUUGAUCCGGAAGAGUUUGAGGAGUUGUCUGAUGAGGUGGCUGCAGCUUUCCCAUCGACACCUCUGGACGUUCAACUCUGUGCAGAAGAUUUUAUUGUAAAUGUGGUGCGUAUGGACUACGGCAUGAAGGAGAAGAAUCCCAUUAACAAGAUGCGGUUCUACUGCAAGAGUGAUCCCAACUUGGCCAUCAAAAUCCGCAAGGGCCAGGUAUCUCAGAUGCUCCCGGUGAGAUUCACAGAGCAACUGAUCCAAGUCUACUGCAAGAAGACCGACGACCAGAGUGUGCAGGCCGCCCAGAAGCUCUUUGUCCAGUGGUGCAUCAACAGGGACUUUACCAAACCAAGGGAUGGGGAUAUUGUUGCCCCUGAGCUGACACCACUAAAGUCUGAAUGGAACAGCGGCAAUAGUGACAGCGAUGACUCCAAUCCCAGAGAAGAGCUUCAGUCUUCUCGUCGGGCAAACAGCUAUAAAUCCAAGACAAAGCUUUUUCAGUAGGAAACGUGGGAAUUUUCUGUGAAUCCUGGAUCUUUUUUCUCCUUGCAGUCCCUGCGAUGGUAUAAUCUCCUAGCUUCCUUGGUUUUUUUCCAAUUAGCAGUUUCCCAAACUCUUGCUUGAAUGGAGAAAAGCAGUCUUCAUGCAAAGAAAUCCAAGUCUAAAUGUCUUGGUCGGUAGAGAAGAAUGGAUUCGUUUUUUUGAAACGAGUUAUUGAAUGAUUGACUUUUUUUCCCAAUCGGCACCUGACAAGUUUGAAGCCACGUAGCUAGAUUUAUCUGAAAGAUCUUCCACACAAAUGUUGGAAGAGUGCGAAUUGUGCUCACACCAAAGGAUAAAGCUUCAUUUUACCCAACUCUGAUUGUAAUGACUCUGGAUACCUCUGGCCAAAUGGCAACUAAAACACAGGAACAGGACUGUAUGUGUUACAUCGAGGCAAUGAGCUUUGAAUUUCUACAAAGGAUCACUAUGCCCAGUGAUUCCUGCUUGCAGGAAUAAUGCCUUUACAGGCUGGGAAGGAACACGUCACCGUUUUGCCUUUUUAUCAUGGAAAAAAAGUUGUGCGAGUGUGAUGGACAUAUAUGCUUGUAACUAUACACUUUAUUGCUUCGAGGGAUUAUGGUUGGUACCAUGAAUGUAAUGCUGCUUAAAAUAUUAUUACUUCAGUCCACAGUUUAACAUACAGGCACCUCGCAAUUUAUGUGGGGAAUAUGUGCUUGAAAAGCAGCGUGUAAUUCAAAGACACAUAAAUGAAACAUAUACUCGACUACACGGUCAGCAGUAAAUUUGAGGUGCAUUAUUCCAAAAAUACCAGUGUGUAAACCAAGCUUUGGUAUUAAGGACACUAGCACGUUAUUUCAAAAACCCAUAAAUCAAUCAUGCUUAAAGCGUGAGGUGCCUAUAUAUUAAUACAAACUUAAAACAAUAUUCAACUCAACAGAAAUGUUGGGGGAAAUCACCUUUGUCUACAGUGCAGGAUAAAGACCCAAAUAGAGAGAGGCUGAUUGCAGUGGGGUUUCCCCAGUAUAGUUGACUUGCUGCUGCCUAAUACAUGAAUGUUGCUGUGGGAGACUGGGACCAGUAAUGGUGGUCCAGAUCCUAGCAUUAGAUACCUCUCUACUGCGGCAGGUCUUGUCACUAUCCUACUUGGUGCUGUGUGUCCAUUUGAAUCACACUACAUGAGUCAGGGCAGAUAGAUAGAAUCAAGGUUUGAUUAAACAAUCACUUUCAGGGCUCCGUUUUGCUAUGCCACUUUUUUAUGAUAUUAGGUGGAAAGACCUACUUUUAGCAUGACAUGGUGUACUCGGGGCAUUUUUAAUAUGCUGACUUUGCAAUAAAGAAGUCAGUGCACUAAACAUAUUUUAUGCAAAUUGCUUCACCCUAAGUGUAGGGUUGAAAAUUGUAAGUAUUUUAAAACAUGGCUUUUAUACAAUUUCAAUCGGUUGAAAAUUGAACUACAUUUAUUUUUCUCCUCCCACUUUUGUUUUGAUCCAAACUGAUAGUUGGAACAAGAUCAAUGCUUGCAGGGUGUCCAACUAUUGAUUCCUGAUCAAUAAUGGAGGUUUUUUUAUUCAAUGUGUCUUUAUUUUAGUUUAGUUUGGAGAUUCAGCAUGGCAGUCGGUUGGAAAGUUAAUUAUCCCUGGUGUGUAGGAAGUGGAUGGAAAAGUGGGAUAACAUAGAACGAGUGUGAAUAUGUGAUCAUUGUGGACUCGGUGGGCCAAAGGGCCUAUAUCCACGCUGCGUCUUGCAAUCAAAAUGUUUUGUUUAAACCUGGUUCCAAGUGGGAGAAAGGAGAAUGUUUUGACUGACUAGUGCAAGAACUCUGUGGGUGGAAUGAAUGUUAGCACGUUAGGUUUGUACACUAUACUGGCUCACUGGAUAAAACCAUGUGGAGCACGUGAUUCCCUAAAGAGCACAUGCUCUGGUACUUGCUGAGGUUCUACCCCCUCCUCAAAUUGCCUGAGGAUUUUAAAUGCACUAUAUAACUAUUUACUCAAACAAAGGUGUUCUUCUAGUUUGUGAAAACCAGCUGAAGUUGGCUUUUAUCGAGGAGGUUCAGCGAGAGAGAUGCAACAGUGUGUUUACUCUGCCUGUCUCAGUUUAUUGCAGGGGAUGGGGAAGUAAUAUCUCUGGUUGAAACCUUGUGUACAUAUAUUUGCAUUGUCGGGAUAUCUCAGGGAGGGUCCCAUUUACCCUUGUUAUUACUGAUCUCUUUAUAACUCCACAGGUCUUCCAUAACAUAUUGAUUUUCUUCCUCUGCCUCCGUACCUUUUUCUGUGCAAAAGAGUCCUCACCACCCAGUGACGACUCAUUUUUCUGUCUUCACUGGUCCCCUUCCUCUUGGACCUCCCCGGAUGGCCUUCUGUCCUCUUUAGACCUUUACAUAGCCUGACCCGCUGAGUUACUCCAGCAUUUUGUGACUAUCUUUAUAACUUAUUUUAGUUAUAGUGGACGGAGUGUCCCCACAGUAAUCAGAUACCACUGUCUCUGUAGGAACACAGGCUGCCAGUUACAGUGUGAGAUAACAUUGACAAGCAAUUGCUUCAACCAGCCUUUUGUAUUUUUACCUUGCAGUAACUAAAAUAUAUUUUUAGCUGUUAAAAAGAACUUUGUAUUUGAAAACAACUUGCUGUUUUACAGCAAAUCCCUUACUUAGUUAUAGAGGACAAUCGGCAAUAAUGGACAGCAUUCUCCUCCCCUGUGGUCCGCUAUAAUGAGGGUUGUCUGUACGAUGUACAAGGUUUUACCAUUGUACAACUGAAUGCUUUAUUUUCUUUCCUUCAUUUUGUGGAACAGUGGGAAAUAUAUCCUGAUCGACCUUGGAUGACAUCCAUCAGUCCUGUUUUCUGGAGUCCCCUUCUUCACUGCCCCCAUGCCCCUCCACCCAAUCCACCCUCUGCCUUUACACUCUUCUUCAUUCCUUAUCUGACACCUUUGUCUUCUUUUCAUCUCUUGCCUUUGUCACUUACACCAUCCAGCUACCAAACAAACUUCCCUCACCUGGGUAGCUUACAACCUAAUGGUAUGAACAUUGAAUUCUCCAACUUUAAGUAACAUCUUCCCUUCCUUCUCCCCUUCACUGUCUUAUUUCUUGCACCCAUCCCUCCUCUGCUACUUUCAUCCCUCUGGCUUCACCAUCUGCAACUCUUCAAACCUGUCUCAUGCCUUCUGUUCUUAUCUCUGGCCUUUGUUCCAACCAUCUACAUACUAACUCUGCCCCCACAGAUCUAUUACCUGCCAGGCUUUUUCCUACCUCUCUCCUUUUUCAGCUUUCUCCCCCGCCCCCCAACAGUCUCAAGGGUCUGAACCUGAAACGUCACUUACCUGUGUUCUCUAGAGAUGCUGUCUGACCUGCUGAGUUACUCCAGCACUUUGUGUAUAAACCAGCAUCUGCAGUUCAUUAUUUCUGCAUUCUCCCCUCACUUGUACCUAUGGUACACAUGACAAUAAACUAAACUCAAACUUAUAACUUGCCAGGCUUUCUUUUGCCCCCAACUCUCAGUUUCCUCCUCCCUAUGACUGACAAUCAGUCUGAAGAAGGGUCCCGACUUACACCGUGGUCCCGACCCAAAGUCCAUGUUCUCCAAAGAUGCUGUCUGACCCGCUGAGUUACUCCAACACUUUAUGUUCUACUCCCUCUGGAGUACUUUAUUUGACUGAGGUUUGCGGGGUCAUUUAAUAGUUUAUGGCAUUUUAUUUGUCACAAUGCAAUAUGGUAAUCUUUUCUUACUUAAACUGUAUGCAGAUAUCGUGAAAGGUUGUGGAAUAUCAAUAAAAUUGCAUUUAUCUGCUCAUAACCAUGUCAUUUUGAGAACUUAUUGUGUGCAAUUUAUCUGGGAUAUUUGCAUUAUAGCAGUGAUUACAUUAAAAGUUCCUUAACACAAUCAGACUAAGUGCUCCGUUACAAAGGACAGAAUACUGGAAUUUAUUUUUCCCCUCUUGACCAUCAUUAAUGUCUGGCGUUCUUUACCUUGACAUCUGUGAAGGUUGAGUCAUUCGAUAUAUUCAUGUCAUAGGAGCAGAGUUAGGCCAUUCAGCCCAUCGAGUCUACUCUGCCAUUCAAUCGUGGCUGAUCUAUCUUCAGGCAUGAGAGAGGAAUAAACUGAAAAAAAGAGGAAGAGAGAUGGGGCAUCGCCUCCUGGAAGGAUUGCAAGGUGCAACGCCACUGGCGGGUGUAAAAGGGGCAGCUUUAUGCAGAUUUGUUUUGAUAAUUGUAUCUUGCAAUGACAGUUUUCUUGCCUGUUUACCCUUAAUUUCUCGCAGGGUCUCCCCCACUCACAGGGAAUCCUUCACUGCUCACACUCACAGGGACCUCCCCUCCUUACCUUUUCUCACACAGGGACUCCCUCACUGCUCACAUACACACAGAGAACCCCCUCACUGCUCACAUACACACAGAGAACCCACUCACUGCUCACUGCUCACACUCACGGACGUCCCAUCACCUUUACUCACACUUACAGAGACUCUCCCCUCUGAUCACCAGGGCUCACACUCCCUCUACUUGCUUUAAAACGCUUAUUGACACCCACAAGGCCCCGGCCCUGCAGUUGCGCCCCGGCCGUUCCCAGCCCAGUGCCCACUCUCCCACUGCACAAGGCCCCAGGGCCGCUGCUAACCAAAGAUCAUAGAGCGGAGCAAGAUACUCCAAUCCUACGUAAUCCAACGUACUGAGAUGUAGUACUUAACGGAGCGUCACGGC